AUGCGAUUUUUGACAGUUAUUGUGGGUGCGAUAUUUGGUGUGACUUUCUGUAAGUCUUCUCAGCAUGACGUUAUUGUCAUUCAGUUAUUAACAGUCAAUUAUACUAACCCAUGUCAACGAACAUUCAUUACAGUUCACAUCGAUCCGACAUUAUCAAAAAGAAACAACAAAAAGAAGUACAACGACACAAUAACGAAUGCAGAACUGAAAAUCAUUUCUCAAUCAUUAUUUGAUGAAGAUAAGAAAAAUUUCUUAUCUUUAGUUAACGUAAAUUACCAAGGCUUUCUAAAUGCAUCAAAUAUUGGAGAAGAUCAAGCCCCAGAAUCUCUUCUUCAGAUUGACACAAAUAUCUUGAACAAUGAUCCGAUUAUAACAAAUAUGAAGCGACUUUAUGACAAUUUCGAAAUGAACUCAUCGAUUGAUGAGAUUAAAACCGACGAAGAAGAAAUGGAAGAAAAUGAUUUCAUUAAAUUAAUCAUGGAAACAUCAGUUAUGAAACUGACCAUGGAAAUUUUAGCAAAAGCCGGUUUCACUUCAUCUGAUCCACAUCAUCAUUUCAAACUCAUUAAAACUUUAUGGUUUGACUUUUAUCCCAGACACAGAAAAUUGAAUAGAACUUCGUCAGGUUUCGAGCAUGUAUUCCUAUCUGAAAUAAAGAAAGGAAAAAUUAUUGGCCUGCAUAAUUGGAUUUAUUUUGGGAACGUUGAAAGGCAUAAUCAACUGAACUAUAAGGGUUGGCUAUCAAAAGUUAAACUAAGAGAUCGCGCUCAGGUAGUGAAAGUCAAUUUCAGUCUGAAUGGUUUAAACAAAACUGUCAGUUCAUUUUUCAUUGGAACAUCGCCUGAAUUAGAAAUGGCAUUGUAUACAUUAUGCUUUCAUAUGCGACCAAAUAGAAGUUGCAGAAUGACUUGUGAUGGUAUUCCAUUCAGCAUCACAACUUAUUCUUUAACUCAUGACAACAGAAAAUUUGUUGCUACUGCUUAUGUGAAUUUGUAA